AUGCAGCACAUGUCACUCAAGACCGCAUCCGCGGCGGCACUGUUGGCCUCGGCCGCUUUGUCGUCUGGAGCGCAGGCCACGCGGUACUAUGUCGACUGUUCCCGGAGCAGCGCGGGAGUCGGAAGCCAGGACAGGCCGUGGAAUAGUCUUGGGCAGGUUAACUCGCCAACCUUUUCUGCCGGAGACGUGAUUGCCUUCAAGGCCGGCACCACCUGCACCGGCACAUUGUCACCCAUGGGCGUCGGCAAGGCAGACUCGGUCAUCAGCAUCACCAGAUACCCUGCCGGUGGCGCGGCAGACAACCCCGUCAUCAACGGGAAGGGCGCGGCGGCUGCCGUCACCUUGACGAACCAGGACUACUGGCGGAUUUCCAACCUCACGGUGACGAACCCGGCCUCGGGACUCGCGGCCCGUCAGGGGAUCCACGUCACGGCCAGCGACGGCAAGACGCACACGGGAAUCACGGUCGACUACACCACGGUGCACCACGUCGCCGGUCAAACGGACAAGGCCACGCGCUCGGCUGAUUUCUCGCUGUCGUGUGGGAUCCUGGUAGACACACGGCACACGGGAAGUCGCUACGACAAGGUGCUGGUCCAGAACAACGACGUGUCGGACUGCGGCGGCGGCGGCAUCAAGGUGCGAGUCGGAGCAACGAACAACCGCGGCCGCGAGGCUCGCGUCACGCGGAACAAGAUUCACGCCUGUGGCGGCGACGGCAUCAUCGUCUCCUUCAGCGAGGCCCCUCUGAUCGACUACAACACUGCCUCUGACCUCGGCACGGGGGCUUAUCCUUGGACCGGCGGCACCUUCGCGGGCAUCUGGGUUCUCGGCGACCACAAUCCCACCAUGUCCCACAACGUCGUCUACGGGAGCGUCAUGUCACAGUUUGACAGCGAGGCCUUCGACUGCGACUGGGGCAACACGGGCAACUGCACCGUCGAGUACAACUACAGCCGUGACAACGCGGGCGGCGCCUUUCUCAACUGCGACGGCUGCGGAUCAUCCGGGGGUGCCGACCAGAUUGUGCGGUACAACAUCUUCGAAAACGACUGCCGAAUGAUCAGCGACGGAAACAAGCCCACCUUGUACUUUUACCAGAACGUCAUGUACUGCGCCGGCAAGAGCUUCGACAUCAACGUGCCCACCAAGGCGCACUUCACCAACAACAUCUUCGUGGGAAACGGCAAAUCGAGGCUGCCGGCGCGGAGCGGCAUCACCUGGAGCUGGAACGUCUUUGACGGCGUCGAGCGCCCAACGGCAAAUGGCAUCCAGGGCGACGCUGGGUUCCUGGAUGCCGGAAAGGGCGGAAACGACCUGAGCUCGGUCUCUGGUUAUCGACUGAAGAAAUCGUCGCCGGCGCUGAACAACGGCGCCAUCAUCCCGGGGACCCGCGGCUUCGACUUCUUCGGCAACCCCGUCUCUGCGACGAGGAAGCCCAACAGGGGCGCGCCCAUCCGUCGCCGAGAUUUGCUGUUCCUGGCUGGCACACAACAAAACUUGCUCAAUUUGCGAGACACGGUGGCCCCGACCUCCGGCAUCUUCGAGGCACCGAAGACUGUCGCGAAUGACAUGGGCCCAAGUCGCUCUUCAAAGCCUCCAAGUCGACACACGCGAUCGACGAAUGCAACUAGUGUCAUCGCCAGAACGAAAAAGUCUUCUGCCUACGGCAACCAGUUUCAACAGCAUCUCACGGAUUACAACAUAUACCGAGCGGGCCACGGUUAUCAAAAUAAUGCCCCUGAACCCAACAACCUGGCCCAGAUGCAUGAAGAGCUGGCGGCUCUAGCAUUCACAACCAGCAAGACGUACGGUUUACUGGGCUUCAGCCUAUGCAAUAAAAAGCUCAGGGGCGAUCAGUCUAUACAAGCAACAGGCAUCCCUACCAAGCACCUAAGCGUCCCAGCGGCGCCUAAUUUCUCCCUAGUAGUCAAGGGACCUGACGGGAAUGCUUCCGUAGCCCAGCGCCAGGCUUGCUACGACGGGGCGCAUGGUGCCCGUGCCAUACACGCCCUGCAAGACUACCACAAAACUCAGCCGAUUUAUGAUGGCAACGCCUACACCUAUAGCUCGACCUACCACGCGGGCACUAGUACGCUUCAGCUGUACGCUCACCACGUCACCGCGCCCACCACGGCCGAGGGCCGGCCUGAGUAUCACACGACUCAAGCUGGAGCUUAUGCUUUGACCUAUAGCCGUGAAUCCGUUAUCCAGGGAGCCGCGGCCUUCCGGAAUGCCAGGGAAUCAGCGCAACGUCACCUGGACAGCUCUAUUCAGGCUGCGAACGCCAAAGUUGCGCGAUCAACAGCUUCAGGACACGAAGAGCCUGAAGAGAGCGCAGCUUGUACUGGCUGGCAAGAUGCAGACUGCGCGCUUCAGCAGCAGAUCAGCGACAGUAGUGUGGAUGUACAGCCUGAUACCAACGCAGCUCCCCAAUGCAUGUACGCGGAGGAGGAUACACCAAACCCAUGCCAAGAAUCGGCAGUCUUGGCCCUCGACGGCCCGCCGAUAGGCCUCGCAUCUAGUUUCACCACUUUUGCCACUAACGCGGUGCAACUUUGCAAAGCGUUCGAGGGAUUCCGUCAGCCCAUCCUCUGCUUCCAAGAGAACCCAGCACCGCUCAUGGGGCAGAAACGUAUAGGCCUAGAGGAAAGGUUGGCUUCAAAGGCUUUGAAGGGAAGGGGCGGGAGAACGGUGUUGGCUGCGGUCGUUGGAACGAGUGACAUGAGUCUUUCUUGGUCACAUGAUGAUUCAUAUAUGAUGGCAUUGACCCUUGGACGCGAGACGAAUCGUGUUGCCGGCACAUUCCGUGUCAGCUCGGCAGAGUUGGCUGCUGGUCGCCAACUGGAAAGAGUGUGUGCAUUGGGCCAGAACUUGACGCCCAAGAAGUCUGAUGAUGGACUCAUCUCACUGCGCAUGGCUUCUAAUCGGAGAGGAGGAAUGCUAAGGGGCAUCGAGGCCAUGCACUGGGAAAUCGGAACAAAUAAAGAGGAUAACAACAGUAGACGAAUUCCAAGUAAACAAGGGUGCCGCAUGUAA